CUUCCCUCUCUUCCCUCUCUUCCCUCCCUUCCCUCUCUUCCCUCUCUUUGCCACACCCCUCUGCAUCCAUUUGCACCCGGUGGCCCCCUUGCCUACACCCUCUAGCGUGCCAUCUGUACUGGGCCACUGCUUCGGCCUGCGCUACAUCUCCACCCUUCCCCACACUCGCACCCCCAACUGACAUCGCCUACCAUCUCCUUAUGGCAGUGCACAGCACCCUCGCCAUCCCCAGUUAGACUUUAUCAAACGCCCCCACUCACCCCCACCACCCCUGCACAUAUACCCUCCCUCUCCACCUCCCUCUCCCUCCUAAUGACUUCCCUACCAUCCUUCUCCUCCCCCUGCAUCGCUCCUGACAGCACCGGUCAACUCCCCUACCUCUUCGGAGUCUCCUCCUCCAGCAGUGGCAAUCGUCUGGAAGCAUACUCGCUCGACAUAUCCAACCCUCUCGCACCCACCUCCACCUUCAUCUCUGCAACAACAACCCCCGGGUGGGAUCCACAGUACAGUCUAGGGUGCUACGCCUACCUGGGCGAUCGUCCACCGCCAGAUAGUCCCAUUAGCCUCAUUCAGUUCGGCGAGACCGUCCAGACCUUGUUUUUUCCGAACGGGACUUGGCUCACCUCGAUCGGCCAAGGUGCAGAAGGGGCGACGGUGGAUUAUGUCAGUCCAAAGUAUUUUAGCAUUGUGGCAUCGACAAAUGGUUGGAAUUGGUUCUUGGCCAGGAUGGCAGGGGGUUCCUGGAGAGAUCUUCGCAUUGGAGCCAACUCUGCGGCGGUAUCAACAGAUCCGACGAUAGCGGGCUCAGAUCCACUUCUGACGGUGGGAGCGAUUGCGCAGGAUAUUGGCAACUUUGGAAAUGGUCUGCUCUUCGUCUUUGAACAAUCCGGAGCUGCCGGAACGGUCUUUCGGGCGACGGGAAAUAAACAACCUGACCAGAACCUGACCACCACAACCGGAACCGAAUCCUUGGUGACGUUGUCCAGGAUUAGUGCUGUAAAUAUGAAUAAUACCGUACUUACAGCCGAUGCUAUACCUGUCAGCUCUGCCUUUGCGGCGUUUAUCCUCGAUAAGGGACCUGGUGGCACGAUCUCGGUAUUUUCAAUCGACCCUCGCUCCUCAACCUCCAGACUGGCCCGCGCAUCCAUUAACUCCUCAUCGCCGCCCUUCCUCUCCAAUCAAUCGGUUGCUACGCUCAACAGCAAAAUCGUCGUCUAUGGAGGACUCCUGCAGGAUGGAAAAGGAUCAUCCACUGAUGUACAUGUGUUCGACGUGAUCUCAGGAAGCUGGUCAGGCCCCAGCUUGAUCAGCCCCUCCCACUCAAAGGCCGGAAAGAUGAGUCCGGGUGUCAUCGGUGGAAUAGCAGCUGCCGUAGUCCUUGUUCUGAUUGCGUUGAUCGGCCUCUUCGUUUGGCGGAUACGACGCAGGAAGGCUCAGACGAGUGUCCGGAGUCAUAGCAGUAAUGAGCAACGGGACCGCAAUUCGCAAGAUAAUAAGAACGCGAUGAUCAAUUUGAUGAACAUGGAGAAUAGAGCUAUUUCCGCGCCCGGACGGAGCGACCAGCAACGGCAGGAUCAGCAGCAUAUGGAUGUAGAUUAUGAGAGUAGCGUGACCCUUGCAGAUGGAGCAGGUAUAUCCCCUAGAACGACCGCACCGAACACACCCAAAAGUUCAAAAGGACAGGCGGACGGAAAACAGUAUCGGACACACUCAUCGCGGUCGCGACAGCCCUCGAAACAGCCCUCGAGACAGAAUUCAGCACGGUCGACCGAGACGAGUGCCACCCAUAUCUCGCUCUUCCCAGCGAGCUCGAACGUCUAUUUGGUGGAUUCACCUUCAAUAUUACCGCCAAUACCGAUGAUCCCUAUGGCAUAUACGACCAACAACAUGCCUCCCCUUCAACUGGUCCAACAAUACUCAUACAACAAUACUUCUGGACAACCUAAUGCUUCGCCCUCGAAUAGCAGCAAGAAAAUGUCGGCCUACAAGGCCCUGGUGCCAGAUGACUAUGAUGAUCGCCAGCCUUUUCAUCGGACGACAGACAGCGCGUCGGAGGAACGGUUUCUAUACCAGCGAAUGUCGACGACGGCAGGAUCUUCAGGUUCUCCGGAUAGCAUCAACACUCCUUGGACAGGUGGUGGUGGCAAUGGGCAGGAGCCUUCGGAGCGGUCUCGACCGUCACCAUCAUCGUCGAAAUCCAGGAUCUAUGGCAAGAGUAGCAAUAGCAGGAACCUGAACUCUUCAGGAUAUAAUGGCAUGGGAUCUCCAUCUUCCUCACCAAGAACUGCUGCGCAGCGGUAUCCUGCAGGUGAGACUAUGCUCUUCUCAACAUCGGCCUCCUCGCCAUCCUCACCUGCGCUCUCGGAGGGCGAUCCAAGAAGAACGUCUAAACGGUCGAGCACGACGAAAUCAAAGAGGAAGCAUAUGCCAUCGUAUCUCCGGUCCAAGACGGAUCCAUUGCUGAACACAAUGUCUGGUCUCGGUUCCGGCUCAGACGCACUAGCGGCAGCAGGCGGCCGUGCGAGUAACAAUCCCAAAAGGCGAGACUCAGCAACAUACAAAGUUGAGUAUAAGGAAUCGCGAUCCCCCCGACAACAGGCCUCGAAUAUCUUCUCACAUAAUGGGUCUGCGUUUCCGGGAUCAGCCUCGACGACGCCGACUUUGAAGCCGUCAGAAGCGGAUGCAAGGUUCACAGAGGGAUUCCCGAUGCCCCCGACCCCGACUUUCAAGGAUUCUUAUUUUUCGGACGGGACCACGGUGUUGCCUUCAUUAUCGUCGCCGUCGAGUCCGAGACAUUCGACGUCGGCGCAGAGACAAAAACAGCAUCAGCAGUAUCUAGAUUGGUAUCAGCAACAGCAGCAGAUCCAGAUAGAGCAGGAACGUGCUGCGGCGAUUGCGGCUGCUGCUGCUGCUGCUGUUGCACAGACUCAGCCUCAGACUCAGGUGGUACCAGGGGGAAAGAAAAGGAGUUCGAGCGCACUGCAAAGUCCGAGGACGCCGAAGCUAGGGCUCUUGCCGAGGCUGGCUGCGAAG